AUGCCUACCGACUUCCAACCCCUGCUCAAUAUCUCCGACGAUACUUACCCCCGUACAGCGGGCACGUGGGGUUUCUCAGGCACAAUCACGCAUCAGUAUGCACUUCGCAAGAGAUGGAUACUGCUCCGCUUUGAGCAAGUAACAGAGUUCGCGUGUUGCCUAUGCAAGCAGCAGAAGCAGGCCCAUCUCGUAGCUGUAAAGGGUGUGCUGUGGGAUGAUAUCGCUCUCAAGACUAUCACAGCUGCAGCAGUCGUUGUAUCGGCCGCAGGCUACAGCGGUCUCCUCAGCCUCUAUCACUACAUCUUCGUCAGCCAAUAUGUCUUCACGGUGUCGAUGCUCCCGCAGCUCUGGCGACUCUUCACAGCGUUUCUGAUUACGAAACCGAAGUUCGGCAUCCUGCUAGACCCCUACUUUCUGUACCAGUACGGCAGCUCCAUCGAGCGGGAGUCGCCUCGCUUCAAGGAUCCAGGCGACUUUUUCGUGUACACUUUGUUCCUCGGUAGCGUCAUUGUCUGUAUUGUGGAUGGACUUGUGCUAACAGUCCGCGCAAAGGCAACAGCAGGUGGCAUCCUAAACCAAUACACCUUCCUCCCGUCGCUGUCACUCGCCUACGCCUACACGUUCGCCCAAGAUAAUCCCACCCGCUCCGUAUCCUUCUUCGUCAUUACUUUCGAAAGCAAAUACCUGCCCUUCGCUAUGCUCUUCAUGGCCUUUGUCAUGGACGGUCCUGAUGCCGCUCUCGGACAGCUUAUGGGUCUCCUCGCCGCACACUUGUACGACUUCCUGACAAGGAUCUGGCCUACGUUUGGCGGUGGCAAAAACUACAUUCGCACACCUGAGAUGGUGAAGCGCUGGUUCGGUGCUGCGCCGGGCAGCGUGCAGAACAGAGGAUACGGACAUGUUGUGCAGGGACGGGGAGGUGCUGCGCAGCCUAGUGCGGCGAGGGCGACAGGCAAUGCUUGGGGUGGAAUGGGUCCCGGGAGGAGACUGGGGGAAUAG